GAAUCUACUAAUUAGAAAGCGAGCUAAAAUUCAAAACCUUCAUAGCCACACGGUUUUUGAAUACUAAGCCUGCACAAGAAAGUUGUCAAGAAGUGAUAGUCAUCCUUUAGGAUAAAAUUUAGAAAAUGGCAGAAAAUGCACAUGGUCACAAUGCACGCAUAAGUGCAUACAAGAACAAAGGAAAGGACAUAGAGGAUUUGCGCAGGCGUCGUGUUGAAACAUCUGUUGAAAUAAGGAAGCAAAAAAAGGAAGAGACUCUAUUGAAAAGAAGAAAUGUUGAUCUUUCUGAUGAUGAGCCAACUAGUCCAUUACAAGAACAAAAUAAGCAAAUCGUCAUGUCCAUGUCUGAAAUAAUCUCCAGUAUUAAGAGCAUGGAUGCCAAUAAAGUUUUGAAUGCAACUGUUGCAGUGCGAAAGCUGCUUUCUAAGGAGAAAAAUCCACCAAUAGAUAAAGUGAUUGAGGCUGGACUUGUAGAAAAACUUGUCUCUUUCCUUGAUUGCAAUGACAAGCCAAGCCUUCAGUUUGAAGCAGCCUGGGCACUUACCAAUAUCGCAUCAGGAACUUCUGAACAAACACAGGCAGUUGUUAGAUCUGGUGCUGUGCCACACUUUAUUAGGUUGUUGGGUGCACCUAGUAUCAAUUUAGUUGAGCAGUGUAUAUGGGCUCUUGGAAAUAUUGCUGGUGAUGGAUCUGAAAUGCGUGAUAUGGUUACUUCAAAUGGCAUCAUUGAACCUCUUAUGAGACUUGUAGACAUGAGUGCUCCACCUGCAUUCCUCCGUAAUUUGACUUGGACUUUCUCCAACUUAUGUCGCAACAAAAAUCCUCCACCAAAAAUGAAAGCCAUCAAAGCAUGCUUACCUGCACUUGCCACACUUAUCCAGCAUUCAGAUAAGGAAGUUCUUGCAGAUACAUGCUGGGCCCUUUCUUAUAUAACAGAUGGUGCUAAUAAUCAGAUCCAAGAGGUUGUUGAUAUGCCAGGUGUUGUGCCAAGGCUUGUAGAGUUGUUGGGAAGUGUCGAUGCUGCCGUUGUUACACCUGCCUUGAGAACGAUCGGCAACAUUGUUACUGGGGAUGACUCUCAAACCCAGGUUGUUGUUGACACAAAUGUACUACAGAUGAUGCCAGGGUUGUUGCAGCAUAUAAAGGCCAGCAUCAAAAAGGAGGCUUGUUGGAUGUUGUCAAACAUUACAGCUGGAUCUACUGAACAAAUUCAAGCUGUUAUUGAUCACAAUCUUGUUCCUUUAGUCAUUGAAGUGUUGUGCACAGGUGAUUUCAAAAGCCAGAAGGAAGCUGCCUGGGCCAUCACCAACUUGACAUCAGGAGGAACUGUACAACAGAUCAGCUAUGUUGUGCAGUGUGGAGCUCUCAAACCACUUUGUGAUCUAUUAGCAUCUAAGGACACUAAAUUGUUGCAUGUCUUGAUGGAUGGCAUUGCCAACAUUUUGCAGGCAGCAGAUAAGGUUGGUCAAGUAGAGCCUAUCUGUACAAUGCUAGAAGAGAUUGGUGGUCUUGAUAAAAUUGAACAGCUCCAGAAUCAUGAGAACCAGCAAGUUUACAAGAAGGCUUAUGAUAUCAUUGAGAAAUAUUUUGGUGAAGAGGGUGAGGAUGAAAAUCUUGCACCAGAAGGAGAUGCAGAGUCUAAUCAAUAUCAGUUUAGUACAGAAAAUAUCAAUGCAGCUCAGGGAUUCAAUUUCUAGUUUUCCAAAAUUUUAUGUUAGGUUUGUUACAAAAGUAAUAAUUUAUUUUUGUUUUGGUUAUAUGACUCAAUAUACUAAUAUUUUUAUCUUGAAAUUCUGAAUUUAGUCUGUUAUUUUGAAACAUCUGUCACUAUUUUUAAUACUGACUGUUGUGAUAAUGCUACUUAACUGCUACUGUUAACAAAUUUUGUAAUCAUGUCAAGGUGUAUGUGCUUUGUUCUUUGUUACAUUUGCUGUGCCUUGCAUCUCCACAAUACUUCUACAAGAAAGUCUUCAUCUACAUUUGCAUCACAUUCUUAUCUCUUUUGACUUGAAACAUGUUUUUUGUAUGUCUACAUUUUUUUGUAACCAUUGUAUUAAACAUGUCAAACAAAA